AUGGCGCGUUUCUUAACUAACAAUGGUAAUAUACAUCGUGCAUUUUUUUCUAAUUCAUCAGUCGUUCAAACUUUAAUAAAAAAACCAUCAGUUUUAUUGAUUAAUCAUGGCUACCCACCGUUGUUCAAUGCAGGUUCUGAGGUUUACACACAAACCCUAGCUGUUUGGUUGAAACGAUCUGAAAAAACAUCGGCAGUAUCGAUUAUUUCACGAGAACAAGAUCCAUUUCGUUCUGAUUUUCUUAUUCGACAGACACAAGAUGAACAUGAUUCGUCUAUACCAAUAUUUUUAAUUAAUCAUGCACGAGAAGCACCAUAUCAACGAUUUGUGAAUAAUGAUAUUGAACAUUGUUUUGAAGAUAUAUGUCAAAACUUGCAUACAAAACCAAAUAUUGUUCAUUUUGGACAUUUAAAUCAUUUAUCAUUAACAUUGCCACAACGUGCUAAAGAUAUUUUAGGUGCAAAAGUUAUUUAUACACUACAUGAUUAUUGGCUGAUGUGUCCACGAGGUCAAUUUUUAAUUAGUGGUGUUGCUUCUGCAUUUAACAACCAAGAACCUUAUGAAUUAUGUAAAAGCCAAGAAGAUAAAAAAUGUGCUUCAAAAUGUUUUACAUCUCGUUUUGCAUCAGGAACAAUGGCAAAUAAAGACCAUGAAACGGACUAUUGGGCUUGGUGGAUCAAUGAACGAAUGCGUACAGUCCGGCAAACAUGUGAUGCCAUUGAUAUGUUUAUUGCACCAUCACUUCAUUUAAAAAAACGAUUUAUUGAUGAAUUCGGUCUUCCAUCUGAAAAGGUAAAAUAUUUACCAUAUGGUUUUGAUCGAUCGAUAUUAGCAAGUCGUCAACGUAUUCGUGCAUUGAACGAUCCUCUUACUUUCGGUUAUAUCGGUCGACAUUCACCAUCGAAAGGUAUUAAUCUGUUGUUUGAAGCUGCGAAAGAAAUCGUUCAAAAUGAUUCACAAUUAGCUAAUCAAUUUCGUAUCGUAAUUUAUGGUCGAUCCGAUCCUACGACAACCACUAAUCUACAAGCAAUGGCAAACGCAGCUGGAGUUUCAGUUGAAUGGCGUUCGGAAUACAAAAAUUCUGAAAUUGUUCAACGUGUUUUUAAUCAUGUAGAUUACAUUGUAGUUCCAUCAAUUUGGGAUGAAAACUCUCCGUUAGUUAUUCAUGAAGCGCAACAAUGUGGUGUACCAGUUAUUACAGCAAAUCAAGGUGGAAUGAGUGAAUUGGUGAAAGAUGGAGUUAAUGGAUUGACAUUUACACAUCGCAAUGCAUCAUCACUUGCAAAAGCUCUACUGCAAGCUGUUCAACAACCAAAUUUACUUGACCGAUUCAGUCAGUAUAGUUAUCUGUAUUCAAACGAUCGGCAAGUACCUUCAAUUGAAUCGCACGUUGAUCAAUUGAUUGAUUUAUAUUCAACGUUAACUAAAAGUCAAGUUGAAGAACAAGAAAAUCUUCAACCAAAACCUAUCGAUUCAUUACGGGCUCCACGUCGAAUCACAUUCGAUACAAAUCCAGAUGAUUGCAAUUUUAGUUGUAUUAUGUGUGAACAACAUUCAGAACAUUCACCACAUCAAAAAGCACGUAAAGAAGCAAAAAUUCGACGUCGUCGAAUGGACUUUGACAUAAUAAAACAAGUUGUUGCUGAAACAGCCUCGCUUGGAUUACAAGAAAUCAUUCCGUCAACCAUGGGCGAACCACUUAUGUAUCGAGAUGCAAAAGGUCGUACAUUUGAAGAUAUCAUUAAACUAUGUCGAGACUACAAUAUUAAAUUAAAUCUAACAACAAAUGGAUCAUUUUUUUCUCCACAAGGGCAUUCAGUUACCGAAUGGGCUCAUCUUCUUAUGCCAGUGCUAAGUGAUGUAAAGUUUUCUUGGAAUGGUAUCACACAAACAACGCAAGAACGUGUUAUGAAAAACUCUAAACUUGAUAAGCAAUUGAAAAAUUUAAUCGAAUUCCUUCGCGUACGUGAUGACUUUGCUAAUCAGGGAAAAAAUCGAGCAACAGUCACAUUACAACUUACGUUUAUGGAAAUUAAUUUAUUGGAAAUCCCUCAAAUUGUUAAAUUCGGAAUAUCAUUGGGUGUUGAUCGAAUUAAAGGUCAUCAUUUAUGGGCUCAUUUUAAACAAAUAAAAGAACAAAAUCUUCGUCGAUCACCAGAAGCUAUCCGUCGAUGGAAUCAAUGUGUUCUUGAAUGUAAAAAUAUCGCUCGGCAAUAUUUAUUACCAACAGGCAAACAAAUCAAACUUGAAAAUUUCUUUGAAUUGAGCGAACAAAGUGGCUCAUCUAGUAUUCAUCCACAAAGUGUAUGUCCAUUUCUAGGCAGAGAAGCAUGGAUAAAUCAUAGCGGCCGUUAUGAUCCUUGUUGUGCGCCUGAUCAAGAACGACUAUCAUUAGGUACAUUCGGUCACGUUCAAAAUUCGAAUGAAAAUCUUAUGAAAAUCUGGACAAGUGACGCGUAUAAAAAUUUAGUUAAUAAUUAUACAAAAUAUUCACUCUGUCAAAAUUGUAAUAUGAGAAAACCACCCGAGUUAAAAUAA